UCGGUAUUGGUACUUUCAAAUGAUGUUUAGGUGCGGAAAACUAGUUAUGAUUUAGUGAGUGGUAAUAAAUUCAUAAUAUAGUCAAUAAACUAAUCUGUAACUCACAACUGCAUGAAUUAAGGCACUUAUCAAGAAAAACGUGCUGUGGUGAUUUACACAGUCAUGUUUCGAGACAGAAGGUUGACAAAUGGACCAGCAGGAAGAGGCAGAGGGGUGUUUCGACAUUCAGGCUUAAAACCCCGAGGCGCAAGAGGUGGCGGACACUUGUCUUCAGGAAGAGUAGUGAAGAAGACCCAAGCAACGAGAGCUGUAUCACCUCGGAAGAAAUUAGAGUCUCUCAAACUGAAACUAGCUGCUAAAGGAAUACAAUACGAUGCAAGUUAUAUUCAGAGACAAAGACAAAAGCAGCUACGGAAAGAUGAGAAUUCGUCAGCUGAUGCAGAAGAUGGGACAUUGUACAAACAGAAGAUGUCAGUAACGCCAGAUCCUGAGCGUAAGUGUACUGAAAAUGAAAUAGAGAAAAUCCAAGAUGCACUUAUAGAAGCUCUCGAACCUCUAGAGGAUGGCUGUUUUCCACAGUUUUACGGUACGUACACAGUGAAGGGCAUGCUCGUCAUGUCGUGUGCCAACGAACAGACAAAACGGUGGCUAGAGAGGAUUGUACCCCAGUUGGAGCCGUGGGAGAGCGGAAAGCUCUGCGUAAAGCCUAAAGGAGAGGUCUCACAGGGGACGAAGGUGCUACUCAAGACACAAAAAUUGUUUGCCAAGACUGACCCCAAAAAGAUCUUGCAGAUGCUCAGCACUCAAAACAAGACCCUCGAGACCAACAUGUGGAAGAACGUCAGUGCGAAAUCGGAAGAUUCGGGCCAGACUCUGGUCUACGUAAUCGACAACCAGAGUCUCGAAGCCAUCCGGGCCUUGAACAAUAAAGUGUACCUCGGAUUAGGCAAUGUCGAGUUAGUUAUCUUAAAUGAUGAGGAGGAUAGCAAGCAGGCCUCUGCAGAUACAGAAAUCGAAAAUGAGGAAGAUGACAAGCAGACCUCUGCAGAUACAGAGAUGAAAGAUCAGGAUGAUGACAAGCAGACCUCUGCCGAUACAGAGAUGAAAGAUCAGGAGGAUGACGAGCAGCCCUCCGUAGACACAGAAAUGAUUAAUGAGGAGGAGAAUGACGAGCAGACCACUGCAGAUACAGAAAUGAAAAAUGUGGAGGAGAAUGACGAACAGACCACUGCAGAUACAGAAAUGAAAAAUCAGGAGGAGGAUGACAAGCAGAUGACUGUAGGUACAGAAAUAAGAAAUGUGGACAGUGCUGACAAGCAGACCUCGUAGAUACAGGUGUUGCUCACACCGAAAGAAGUGAAGUUCAUACAUAAGGAAGAGAUGCAGAGAGAGAGAGAGAGAGAGAGAGAGAGUGUGUGUGUGUGUGUGUGUGUGUGUGUGUGUGUGUGUGUGUGUGUGUGCGCGCGCGCGCGUGUGUGUGUGGGCACAGGCGCAUGUGCUUAAAAUUUCUGUGGGUAUGACUCAUGCUACUUCCCACAAUAGUACAACCUUGUUUAUUUGGGUGUGUGACCAGAGGAAAGCUUAAAAAACAGGAGAAUGUGGUAAUAUGAACCAUAAUGUUGCGGUCCUCAGGCCGAAAACUUUGACACUGCUCUCACUGUUAAUCUAAACCUGUGCAUGUUUUUUUUUUUUUUUGCUGGACUGCAACCUACAUGCAUUUGAGCCUACAUAUUGACGUCAAAACUGUCUCUCACACUUUUGUUGAUUACCAAUUUGACAUUUCUGAUGCCUCAGGAUGUCCCCUGUCAGCUGAUCCCUUCCUUUAGUCAACUUGUGCCAUAAGUUUUUGUUGUACAUGUUUCAGUUGAUUACUACUUCAUUAAUUAUAUGAUUGAGUAACUCAUCAUUAGUUAUCCAAUCUGCCCAUCAGUCUUGAACAUUCUUCUGUAACAUUUUUUGUAACAUGUUUCACUUUUGUACAAGGCUAUUCUUCACACUGCACACAUUAAAUUUAUAUUAAAUGUUUCUCAGGGAAUGUUUUCUUGCUAUGUCAGUCAAUUGUCAGUUAUUUCAUAAGCCAGACAGCAAAACUUGCCAACUUUUUUACUAUUUCAUUUCCGAGUCUCUCUCCCUGCAUCACCUAAUUUAAAUAGAAUGCAUUCCCUUAUUCUUUUUCUUUUAUUUGUGUGCAUCUUACAAUAUCUAUCAAAGAUAGUAUCCAUUCAUUUCAAUUCAAGGCUUACCAUGGGAAAACAGAUGCUUCUUUCUGAUUUAAAAUUAUUUAGGUAACAAAAUUUACAGUUCGUUGAAAAGCAAAUACUACUCUCUUAGUGGUACUUUCGAUUGACUUGUUGAGCUGCAGUGGAGUACUGUGGUACGCACAAUGUGUGCUGCCUCCUUCACCCCCUGCUGCAGCUUCUUUAUCUGUUGCGGUACCACAGGUACCAACCGAUGUUUCCCAUAUCUACAUCAGAGCAUCUUUAUUUGUCCAUAGAUUUAUAGAAAAUCAGUCAACCUCUUCAGACAAAUUUACUGAAAAUUGUAUGCUCACCACUGUAUUUAAAGAUUGUUUAAUGUAGGAAAUGAGAGUAAAAUUUUCAUCAAGAGCUAAUAGGGAUAAAUGAGAGCUAUAGAAACAAGGUUGUACCACAGCAGCAACAUGAGGUAUUUUAAUGUAGCCUUUGCAAGACAUAUAUGCACAAUUCUCAGCAUUUCUUCCUUAUUAAAGACUUUUUAAAGUUGCUGUAUGUUAUGCCUUUCCUAAAAAAAUAAAGUGAAAUGUAAGCUGUU